ACGACACCCCGAGGACUGAGAGAGGCACGGGGGGGAGGAGAGAGUAGCACUGAGUGGUGUGAGAGUGAGUGGAGGACUAAAAAAAAAAAGUCUGUAAAGAAAGAGAGGUACCUCUCCAACGUUAAUUUCUGUCAAAGAAGUAACGAAGCUUUGCGGCGGGGAGAUGUCAAACAGUGGCGAAGAUGCGGUUGAGACGGAGUAAACAGCUACCGGACAGUUAGCGAAAGAACUUGUUAGAGGAUAGAAAAAGGCUUUUGGCUGGCGCGAGUCGGGACGGUUGGCCGUUUCACCGCAGAUUUCAACGCUGCUAGUUACGGGACGAGACGCGAGGACCGAAACAGCGAGGUUUGACCGCUCACCUCGGUGGAAAGCCAGCCCUUCGUUCGAUUUGGUCGGUUGGCGGAGAGUCGGGGGGAAACGGAGCGAGAGAGCGCGGUGGCUCGAGAAGAGCGAGCCGCUGAAGCAGCAGCUACAAAAGUUUGCCGUGUGUCUUCACCUAGUUUUCCAGACUGGGAACGAGAGGCGAAGGAAGAGGCCGAGAGACUGACUUUUCUUUCCGCAAUCAACUUUGUGGAAUUCAUCCAGUUUAGUGAAUUUUAGCCACUUGCUGUCUUGCUAAGUAGCUAAAACAGAAAGAAUGAAAACACCUGGAGAUACUGGGUUUGCCUUCCCAGAAUGGGCUUACAAGCCUGAGUCGAGCCCCGGGUCCAGGCAGAUCCAGUUGUGGCAUUUCAUCCUGGAGCUGCUCAGGAAAGAGGAGUAUCAUGAUGUCAUUGCCUGGCAAGGGGACUAUGGCGAGUUUGUCAUCAAGGACCCAGACGAAGUCGCCCGACUGUGGGGGGCCAGGAAGUGUAAACCCCAAAUGAACUACGAUAAACUGAGCAGGGCACUGAGAUACUACUACAACAAGAGGAUCCUUCAUAAGACCAAAGGCAAGAGGUUCACCUAUAAGUUCAACUUCAAUAAACUGGUUUUGGUCAACUACCCCUUCAUCGACAUGGGCUCCACUGGAAGCAGUGUUCCUCAGAGCGCCCCUCCUGUCCCCACCGGUGCAGCGACCCACUUCCGCUUUCCUCCUUCAACACCCUCCGAAGUCCUCUCCCCCAAUGAGGACCUACGCAGCCCCGGCGGCAUGUUCAGCUCUGUGGCCCGACGAAUAGCGCGUGGCUCCGUCAGUGACUGCAGUGACGGCACCUCGGUCAACUCUGAGAUUGAGGAGGGCAACACAGGAGCGGGAGAGGAGAGGGGAGAGAGGGGUGUGAGCGGAGGAGGAGGAGGAGGACCUGGUGGAGGAGGAGGAGGCUACCGGAGUAUCAUCCAUCCCCGUCUGUCUCAUGAAACCCUGUUCCGCAUGUAUGGAGGACCAGGCAACCCUGCCAGCCACCCAGGUUCCCGUGGUCCGGCAGGACACCGGAUUCACCCAGAGCCCCUGUCCCCCUUCCCUGUGUCCCCUCUUCCAGGGCCAGGAGGAGCUGGCCUCCUAGCCCCUCCCCUGUCCCCAGCGCUCUCUAUGACCCCCACAUCUCACCUAACCUACACUCCCUCGCCCACCCUGUCCCCCAUGUUAGGCUCCCACUUUUCCUUCAACCCAGAGGACAUGAAGCGCUACCUGCAGGCCCACACCCAGUCGGUGUACAACUAUGGCCUCAGCCCCAGAGCUUUCCUCCAGUACCCCAACAUCGUUAUUCCUCAGCCCCACCGGCCUGCUGCAGACAAGGCUGGUCUGAGCGGAGAAAGAGGAGUGGCCGAGAGAGCAGAAAGAGCAGCAACAGCAGGCGUAGGAGAGAGGGGAGGAGAGCGGCACCACCAUCCACCUCUGUCUCACUCCGCCCACCACCACCCACAUCCACCUCACUCUGCCCAUCCUCACCCCCAUUCCCACCCCAUGCAUCACCCACUCCAUCUGGGUGAGGAGCCUCCACACAUGUCUCCCUUCAAGUUCAAGCUGCAGCCACCACCACUAGGCAGGAAGCAGAGGGAGACUCAAAGCCAGAGCAAACCCAGGCAGAGCUCGCUGUCCUCAGGCUCAGGAUCCGGGUCCAUGUCGUCUACCUCUGGAUUGGGCUCCUCGCUGUCAUUCGGCAGUGACCUGAGCUCAGCCAGUGGCUCAGGCCUCAUCUCUGCCUCCUCUUCAACACAGUCUCUAAACAGUGCGGGACUUCCCAAGAUAAAGGUGGAGCCUAUCUCUGACAUAGAGUCAGAGGAAGAGGUGGAGGUGACUGACAUCAGUGAUGAGGACCCAGAUGAAAGGGAUGAAGAGUUUGAGCUCUACUCCUCUCGCCACUCCAGAGCCCCUGCCCGUCACCACCAUCACCACCACCUUGCUAACGGCACAGCCGCACCCCACCAUCAACCCCAUCCCGAUGAGGACCUGGAUGAGGAUGUCUUCAAAGCCCCUGCUCCGCCUCCACCUGGCCUGAUGCCCUUUUUUACCUCGCAGCACACACACUCCAACGCACAUCGUGGGCUGCUCACCCUCAAGAGUGAACCCACCGAGCCAGGGGAGAGCAACACGCCCCCACCUCAGACGGGCUCGGCAGGAGCUCCCCAGACCAAGUGUAUCCCCCUCAAGCUGCGCUUUAAAAGGCGCUGGAGCGAAGACCAGCGCAUGGAGGCCUCACAGGAGGAGUCAGACGACAAGAAAGUACGACCAGAGGAGGAGAGGGAAAGAGAGAGGCAAAGUAAUGGACAAAUGGAGAUGGAGGAGGAUGGGACAGGCAGUGGAGAAGGGGACAGUCCUCCCCCGUUGGCGUAUGAGGGCUCUUUAGCCACACCGUUGGCCUCACACCGGAGGGUGAGCGCAGAGCUGCAUCGUGCCACUGCACAGCUGUCCCUGGAGAACAAAGACUGCUGAUGAGACACACACCCCAAACACUACUGCUCCAGUAGCACAGGAGGUGGUACAGGAGUUUGUAAAUGGUUCCUCUGUAAUCCCUCUCCCACACUGAAAAACUAGUUUCCUGAAAUCUCCAGUGAACUUGGAGGAUAGUCCAACAUACACACAUACAAAACCAACACCUCAAAGACAGCCCGACUCUUGUUUUGUCAGAUCCCCCACCAGUGUUCUGUCUGGAUCAGGGCUUAUCUGGGACAUAUCCUUUGGGAGGAGGGACUCACUCAGUCUCGGCCAUCCCAGGCUGAGUGACUGUAACGGCGCUAAAAUCAGAGGGAUGCUCCCCAAUGAAACUUGGCCACAAGGUCUCCUCCCACCUGGCCAGUGAAGCUCUAGAUGCCCUGUCCCAGUAGAACAGCCUCUGCCUUCAGGGCCCCACCAGUAGGAUCAGCAGCCAGUCAGGGGACACACACUCCCUUACAGCCCAGCAACACACCCAGGAUGACAGUGUGCACACUCUCCCCUAUGCUACUUUUCCAAUAAGACGACAGGACUUUGAUAAGUGCCUGUAUCUAAAACCCACAGCCCUGGAGUGACAUGGAAGAGAGUAAAGAUGGGAGAGUGUGAGGGAAGAGGACUGCUUUGAGUUAUUAUCCUUUAACUCAUGAAACCUUUAAAAAGUCUGGCAGAUACAAAAAAAUCAUGAGAACAAAAAAGAAAGUGUGUGUCUAAGAAUGAAGAGCUGAAGAGUGGGGCUGUUGGUGUUGUCUGACUGACUCUUAAACCUGGCCCACUCCACUCAGGGAAGCCUAUUGCUGUAUGUUUAUUGGAUUCAUGCACACAAACACACAACACAAAAAAACAAACAAAAAAAAACCCCAGCGAACAGUGAAUGGGACUUGGGGACUAUGGACACUAAACAGUGUUCAAAGCGACGCAAGACCAUACACACUCACAAAGAUGCACUCGUGCAUACACAGACUUUGACUCUCUGGCACACUGUUCUCUCAGAGCUUAUGACUUUUGUAUAACCUUCCCUCUGUCUCUCUCCUGUCCUGCCCCUCUUUCUCUUGCGGACCACCUGUGGAAAGAUCACGACUCCACUCACAGAAAUAACAGGAGAUGGAAAAGACAAGAGAAGAAGAGCUGCUGAGGGGACCACAAGGGGAAGGCAGCAGGGGGAGGAAGGAUUUGAUGGGGGGGGGGCUCCAGUAACUUAACUAACCUUCUCACCUCACCUAACAUGGCUUGUACACUGAAAAUAGUUUCCCUCCAGUUCCAGCAGAAUCCUAGUUCACCAGCUAAAGCUCCUCUAACAAUCAUAUUUAGUGUUAAGCUAAACCAGCAAAGACACACACACACACACACACACACACACACACACACACACACACACAAACACUCUCACGCUCACACACAUGCACAGCACUGCCUUUAGCUCUUAAAUAUGCUCCCUCUCUCUCUCUGUCUGGACCUCCAGCUCUCCUUGUAGUGGCGUCAUCCUCAGGUCCUGAGAGUGUGUGAGACUGCCGGGCCUGUUGACUACACAAGUUGAGAGCCUGAGAGAGCAGGGAACGCACGCACUGCCUCUUUUAUGCCUUGUUUUUAUAGCAUGUACAAAAGUGCAAACUGAGCUCUAUAACACACAUGCAGAAUAUACCUUUAUAUAUUCUAUAUGAAAUUAUUAAAGAAAAGUGAGAUUUUAAAAGAACCAUAGCGUUUUAAUGAUUUGAUUGAUUCAGAAUUUUUUGUAAGUGGAUUAUUUUGAGUGGUCAGAUGUGUCAUGCCAUUCAUUCAGUAAUAUACUCUAGUAUGGAGGGUGGGAAGGCAGAAUGAAGAGGGGUGGGGGUCCACUGUUCUCUCGUACAGUUGUUUCAUAGACAAACAGGCCAGAGAAAAACCACAGGCCAUUCUACCAGCAAGGAAAAAAACAAGACUUGAACAGACUGCUAAUGAUUCAGAUGUGUGGUUCACUCUGCUGUUCACUUCAUUUGCAGUAGCUUGCCCUUUUCAACACACAGCCCUCUCUGCUCUUUCCUCUUUCCUGCAGUCUAGCUCAGCUCAUUGGGGUUCUCCCCAGCCUGAGCUGUCCUGGCCCCAUGCCGCCUCUCCAGGCUCUGUGUGUGUGUGUGUGUGUGUGUGUGUGUGUGUGUGUGUGUGUGUGUGUGUGUGUGUGCGUGUGUGUGCGCGUGUCUGUGCACGCGUGUGUGUGCGUGUGUGGUAGCUCAUGGGUUAUUAGUGAGGUAGUAAUCCUGUCUUUUCUCCAAGGCCAGUUAGCAAAAUGCUCCAAAGUUCUCAGGAGCUCUGGAUUGGAGCAAAGGAGAGAGAGGGGGGGGUUAAGGGGUUAAUCAUCAGUAUAAAACGGCCCGAAAAAGUCAGACAGAUGAGGCCGUGUCCUCAAAUGCCCUCUCCUCGAAAAAUGCACACACACGCACACACACACACACACACAAAUGACCGUGUUUGUGAUUAUGUUUUAACAUCCUGGAGCUUUUUUUCUGUGCAGCCAGGUCAUCCAGGCGUCUGAUUGGUUAACUGAGCUGUGUUGACCAGAGAGAGGCCUGUCCCCGCCUGGCCAGCGACAAGACGGAUCUAUAGCAGCAAACUGUGAGAUAGAUGGCCUCCAGGCGGUCUGUGUAGCUGAGCUGAUCGAAUUUCCUCAUCAGACCCCUGUGGUCUGGACUGGAGCAUGUCACAACACGCACACACAUGCGCGCGCACACACACACAUACACACACAAACACACACCCUCAUCCCCACCAAGUCCAGUGUCUGUAUUUGAACUGACAGCUGCCUUAUUAUUACUUUUCAUAUCUCAGCAACAGAUGAGGCAUCAGUCUACCUUCUCUGCACACUUUUCUCUUUUCUUUCUGUUUCAUUUUUUCCUCGCUCUGUUUCAGGCGUUGUCUGACUUCCUGCAAGCUGCGUCGUGAUCUGACUCAGUCAUGAUAUUACAGGGCAAAAAGAUUGAUUGGAGCCUGAUUGUAACACAGGCUCUCUCUCUCUCUCAACCUCUACAGUCAAAGAACGGUAGACAAACAGCACAAAGAUUACAUUUCUCUAUCAAAAGAAUAAAGGUUUCUCAGUUUAUUUUUCUGAUGUCAAUAUUGCUAUUGAUUAUUGUUGUUGUUGUUAUUAUUGUUCCAAUUGGGUUAUUUACCUCUCCUCCUGGCAUUAUUAUUAUUCCAUGGUUCUGUUAGCUGUUGGUUUUUAUGUUGCGUACAUCACUUUGGAUGAUGUGGAAACCCCCCAAACUCCAUUCCCUGUUUCAAACCUUCAAGCCCCUGAACCAGAAAUCUUUUUCCAGUCUUUAAUUUUUACAAAUGUAAUAUAACUAAAAUGUGUAACAUUCAUUUUGAUGCUGACAGAGAAAUAACAUCGGGGACUGAGAGGGAAGAGCAGUUUCGGAGGAUUUUAUUCAGGGGCAGAGGGGAAGUGAUUUUAUCUUUUUUGUCAUGUAUUGUAAUUUUUAUUUUAUAUUGUUACUUUUUUCUCUCUCUCUCUCUCUCUCUCUCUCGCUCUUGUAUAUUUUUUCAUUUUUUGGGGGGAGGGUGGGGUUGUAUCAUUUUAAAAGAAGAAAAAAGAUGUGUAUUGUUUUACUGUGUAAAGGUCUAUCUUCUCCCUCUUUCAGUCUCUUCUUCUUUCGCCUCGUCUCCCCCGAGCAGUUACAUAACACUCAGAUGGAGAGAUGAGACUUAAUACCAUGAUGUAACAUUGAAUUUCUCCACUUCUUUCGUGUUUUUUUUUUUCCAAACUUGUAAUUAAGCUGUAAUCAGGGUUAAUUA